CACCGAGGAGGUCUCGCUGCAUCCAGGCCAAAGAGCUCUGUACAAGGAGGUCAUAUGGAAGAUCCAUGAGAUGGCAACCUCUCUAGAUUUAUAUUCCUCCAUGUCUCCCACAUGAGCGCCACAGUCCACAAACUCGCCGACCACCUCCCUUUGCUCUCAGCGUGAACCCUUUAAUGGUUAACAACAACGAUAGAGCUGCCGUUCCUAGAGCAGAAGGGACGAUUGCAAAAGAGGGACUUCCCUUUCCUGUCCGGCCUCUCCGGAAGAAAGGCGGCGAGUGAGCGAGAGAGGCAGCGUUUUAUUGAUUUUGUAGGGGUUCUUCUUAAGAAGGUCUGGGCCAGGCAGGAAGCACUGGCAUCUCGUAGAGGACACCUGGCCCUUUAUGUAUGGAUGUGAAAGUUGGACAAUGAAAAAAACCGGGACCGGUGGCAUUUGGAGAGGUGUCCUUGCAUUUCACUGAGGAGGAGUGGGUCCUGCUGGAUCCAGACCAGAGAGCUCUGUACACCGAGAUCAUAUGGGAGAUCCAUGAGAUGGCAACCUCUCUUGGAGAUGUCCAGGGGAUCACAGAAGUGUUACUGGGAACAUCUGAGGAGCAGAAGGGGGAAUGGAAAUUGACGAGUCAAGAUUAUGCAAAGAGACAAGAAGGGAGAAAAAUGCAAAUGCCAGGGGAUGAAUCCAGUGUUUCCCAAAGUGGUGAAAAUAAAAUUAAAGGGAGUAUUCAUUACCUAAAGGAAAUACGAAUGUCUCCUAAGUGCAGUAAAAAGAUAAAUGGCCAGAAACCCCAGAGAACAUAUUGGAGGAGGCAUACGGGAAAGAAACCAUCUAAAUGCUUAAAAUGUGGGAAGGGAUUUUUUGAUAAACCAACCCUUAGACAUCAGACAGUUUACACAAGAAAGGAACCAAAUACAUCCUUAGGCUGUGGGGAAAGUAUCAGCCAGAGUGGAAGUCUUGCUUCCUGUGAAAAGAAACUUAUGGGGGAGAAACGAUAUACAUUUUCCAAAGGUAGCAAGAGCUGUUCUAAUCAGUCAGUGAUUGCUAGCCAUGAUAGAAUCCACACAACAGGGAAAUCAUAUAAAUGUAUGGACUGUGGCAAGAGUUUUAGGCAGGUUUAUCACCUGGCUAGACAUCAGAGAACUCGCCUAGAGGAAAAUAGGAAAGUGCACACAGGGGGAAAACCUUAUAAAUGCUUGGAAUGUGGAAAGAGCUUCUGUGGUAAAAGUGCCCUUAAUAUGCAUAAAAGAAUUCAUACAGGGGACAAGCGCUAUAAAUGCUUGGUGUGUGGAAAGAGCUUCAGUCAGAGUAGCACAUUUUCUAGACAUCAAAGAACUCAUUCUGGAGACAAACCUUAUCAGUGCUUGGAGUGUAGAAAGAGAUUUGCACAGAGUGGAGCCCUUAAAGUACAUCAAAGAACUCAUACAGGAAACAAACCAUAUAAAUGCUUGGAGUGUGGAAAGAGUUGCAGUACCAAUAGUGCCCUUACUGCACAUCAAAGAACUCAUACAGAGGAGAAACCUUAUAAAUGUUUGGAGUGCGGAAAGAGCUUUAGACAGAAUGGUGCUCUUCGGGUACAUCAACGUAUCCAUACAGGGAACAAACCUUAUAAAUGCUUGGAGUGUGGAAAGGGUUUCACUCGGAGUAGCUCUGUUACUUUACAUCAAAGAACUCAUACAGGGGAGAAACCUUACGAAUGCAUGGAGUGUGGAAAGAGCUUUAAUCAGAAUGGCGAUCUUCAGGUACAUCAAAGAACUCAUACAGGGGAGAAACCUUACAAAUGCUUGGAGUGUGGAAAGAGUUGCAGUACGAAUACUGCCCUUACUGCACAUCAAAGAACACAUACAGGUGACAAACCAUAUAAAUGCUUGGAGUGUGGAAAGAACUUCAGUGAGAGUAGCACCCUUACUAGACAUCAAAGAACUCAUACAGGGGAGAAACCAUAUAAAUGCUUAGAGUGUGGAAAGGGCUUUAGUUGGAGUACCUCUGUUACUUUACAUCAAAGGACUCAUACCGGGGAGAAACCUUAUGAAUGCAUGGAGUGUGGAAAGUGCUUUAGUCAGAAUGGUGAUCUUCAGGUACAUCGAAGAACUCAUACAGGGGAAAAACCUUAUAAAUGCUUAGAGUGUGGAAAGAGCUUUAGUCAGAAUUGCAAUCUUCAGGUACAUCAAAGAACUCAUACAGGGGAGAAACCUUACAAAUGCUUGGAGUGUGGAAAGAGUUGCAGUACAAAUAGUGCCCUUACUGCACAUCAAAGAAUUCAUACAGGGGAGAAACCUUAUAAAUGCAAGGAGUGUGGAAAGAGCUUUCGUCAGAAUGGUGAUCUUCAGGUACAUCAAAGAACUCAUACAGAAGAGAAACCUUACAAAUGCUUUGAGUGUGGAAAGAGUUGCAGUACGAAUAGUGCCCUUACUGUGCAUCAAAGAACUCAUACAGGGGAGAAACCUUAUAAAUGCUUGGAGUGUGGAAAGAACUUCAGCGAGAGUAGCACCCUUACUAGACAUCAAAGAACUCAUACAGGGGAGAAACCUUACAAAUGUUUGGAGUGUGGAAGGAACUUUAGUCGUAGCCACCACCUUACCUCACAUCUAAUUACUCAUAUGGGGACAAACCUUAUUAAUGUAUGGAGUGUGGAGAGAAGUUCAGUCAGCAUGGCCACCUUUUUGGACGUCAAAGGAUCCAUGCAGGGGGAAAGCCUUACAAUGUCUGGAAUGUGGAAAGAGCUUCAGUCAGUGUCACACCCUUGCUAACUAAAAAAAAGCAUACUGGGGGAAAACCAUAUAACUGUACAGAGUGUAGCAUACCUGCUGUGUUUUGCAUCAAAUAAUUCAUAGGAGGAAAUAGCUUGAAAUUCUUCAUUCACAUUGAAGGAUUCUUAAGAGGGAAAAUCCAUAAAAUGCUGAAGGAGCGGAAAGAGCUUCAGUCAUAGACACUAUCUUAGACAAGCAUCAAUACCUCUGUAUGAAGAAGAGGCAUAACUGUGUGAAAGGAAUUCUGAUUUUUAUUACCUCAGAACUGCUGUAUUCUGUUUGGUUUGCUGUGAUUUUAACAUAUAACUGUUUGCAGUGUUAGAAGAAGCAAAAUUGUUUUGAUGCCUUUGUAACAGUUAGGAAGAAGCGAUUGUGGUUUGUGGUUAGCAUUUCCUGAGUCCGUUGUCAGGGUAACACAGUACUAAAAGGAACUAGCUACAGAAUGUUUUCUUUGGAGAAACUACAUAUGCUGAUCAUAUAUUGAGUGAGGUUUUGAAAAAUGUUUAUCUUUGGCUGUUUUUGAAUGUCUUGCCUUGUACCUUAUGAAAUGUCAAAAUAGGGGUUAAAGAUGUAAAAGUUCUUCCUCUUUUUAUGUACGGACGGAAAAAAAAUGGGAUGCGUAGGCCAAGAGCCUGCCCUCAGGGGAGGAUACCAUGGUGGGGAUUGGCACUAAAGGGUCAGGACGUACAAUGUAUAUAUGACGUAUUGAUUAUUAUAAAAAGCUCUGUAUUACCUGAUAUGGGCAGAGUGUGGGUGGUUCGAAUGGACCCCUCCCCUCCCAUUAGCACUACUGGUCUUUGUAUUUUUAUUGAUCAAUAAAUAUCUGUCUU